AACUGCCAUUAAACCAGAGAAGAAGUCAUGACGGUACCUACCCGGAAGUUGACGUUCCAACAUGGCGCUGUCCUCUUUGAGAAUGGCUCAACAUUUGUCUUUGAUUCGACUCCGGAGAGUGACAACUAACUGCAAAAUAAACGACCUGUGCCCACCUUAUGCGUGUCUUCAGUCCAGAUAUUACUCUUCGUCAGAAGUGAGACGAGGUGUUGUACAUUAUGUCACUUCCAAGCUCCAAUGGGCAAACAACAAAUACGAAGGUUUUCUCAAAAGACGAUUGCCCCGCGUCUAUGUGCUCCACCAUACUUUAUCACAAGGAUUGAAGCUUCUCUUCCGAGAUGCCAACGAGGUUUUGCAGAUAAAAACAAGGUUGACAAGUCAUGGAGUCGAGUACACAGAUUUGUCCUAUAGGGAACUGGAGAAACUCAGACAGUUUCGCCGAGACGUGAUCAAGUCCAUCCCAGUGAUAAUAAUAGCCAUCCCUCCCUUUGCUAACUACCUAGUUUUCGUCUUGAUGUACCUUUUCCCCCGCCAGCUGCUGAUUCCUCAUUUCUGGACCCCAAAGCGGCAGGUAGAGUAUAGGCAAGUGUAUCAUUCAUUUAGGGCCCGGCACCACUGGCCCUUACUCAAAGGGCUCCAGCAAGUGAGCAGCCAGGUGAAAGAUUCUCAGCUACGGAGUCAUCUUGACCACCUGUGCUCCAAGGUGCAAACUGGAGCAAACCCCAAAGUGUCUGAAAUUCUUGCUGUUCGAGGCUUGUUUUCAGGGCCUCCCCUGGGUAUAAACAGGUUAAAUGUGGAUCAAAUGAGACAGAUCAGCUCCUUCCUAUUCUUGACACCCCGCCUCCCAGGCUUCUUAAUUAAACGGCGGCUACUUGGCCACGCUUUUGAACUGACCCUGCUGGACCAAGCGCUCAGCAGGCUGGGUCCUCACCAACUCAGUGACUCAGAAGUGAGACAGGCAUGCUAUGUGAGAGGCCUCAAUUCUGAUUGUGUUAGUACGGAAAAGUGUCGUGAGUGGUUACACCAGUGGCUUCAGAUAUCCUCUUCACUGAAAGAAUCAGAAGUAUCGCUACUUUUGCACUGCCUUGCGUUUCUCUCCGCCAACUACCCAAAUAACGGCAGCCACUCCUAACAAAGCCUGGAGCCCUCCUCUUCAGACCAUGGCCAGAAGUUACUUCUGACUCAUUUUUGCUGAUGAGAAAAAUAUUUCAAAACAUGCUUCUCAUGGCAAAUUUUCUGUUUCAGGGGUAAAAUAAAAGCUUUUUUUUUUCCAA